AUAAUUACCGAGGCGGACUUACCUGCUGAAUAUAUGAAUGAAUAUUAUAUAAAAAAAGGAUUUAACGUAGAUGGAAUAACAAGUAUUAGAACAUUGAUUCAAAAAAAACCGAUAGAAUUAGGCCUUGAAGGGUAUUAAUAACCGUACAUGCAGUUGACCGUAUCAAAACAUGUUGCAUUCUUUCAGCGACAUUUGAUCCUCCUACCGAAUCCUUAUGAGGAACAUGAUUCGGAAAGAAUGGCUUUGGGAUUUUUUUGUCUACUUGGAUUGGAUUUACUUAACUCGUUAGACAAGGUUUCCAAGGAAGAUCGAGAAUCAUGGAUUGAGUGGAUUUAUAGAAAUUACAUCCUAAUGAAUUGUGAAGACUCCAACUGUAAAUACGCUGGAUUUCGUGGAUUCGCUACGGGUGGUACUUCCCUUACAGUAGAACAGGAGCCUCAGCUAGCAGCUACAAGCUUUGCUAUUAGUAAUCUCCUCCUACUGGGCGACGAUCUUUCUCGAAUUGAUAAACACGCCGUUGAACAGUUUCUUUCCUUAUGUCAAUUGCCGGGCGGUCACUUCAAAAGCACAGCUUCAUCAACAUGCUAUGACCAAGAUAUGCGACAAUUAUACCUAGCUACUACAAUAGCUACCCUACUCGAUAUCUCAUUUCCUCAUAUCGAAUUAUCUUUUCAGUACAUAUUACAUUGUCAGAAUUACGAAGGAGGAUUUUCCUUAAUACCGUUUGCAGAAGCCCAUGCCGGUGCAACCUUUUGCGCGUUGGCGUCAUUGAGACUGCUUGUUAAUAUCAUAUCUAUUCAAAAGCAGCCCAAGUUAGCUACAUUGGAUAACGACUCUAUCCCAAAACACUACGCCCUUCAAGAUUAUAUUCCCGAUACGAAGAAACUUAUUACAUGGUUAGUAAAAAGACAGCAGAUUUCUGGCGGAUUUAACGGAAGAACGAAUAAAGAUCACGACACUUGCUAUUCUUACUGGGUUCAAGGUUCGCUACAAUUGUUAGGGGCAUCUCAAUUUAUUUCUCAUAACAAUGUAAAGAGUUUUCUAUUAAACCAAACGCAACACAAUUUCGGCGGAUUUUCAAAGGUAGCGGGGGAAUUCCCAGACGUAUUACAUUCUUCGUUGGGCUUGUACGCUUUGGCAUUCAAUGACGAGACAAAUUUCCCUAAAGUUGAACAUGCCAUUUGUCUCCCAACAAGACGGAUGCCAAACUAUUCAUAAGAUAAACAUUAGACUAUAUAGUUCAGCAACUAAUAUUCCAACGAUUGAUAUGUAACUGUAAUAAGAUGGUUGAUUUUAAUUAAGUGUUUUGAUCGUUUUUACGAAGAGGAACCCUGUUUGAACGACGUUUAACCCUACGCUUUCCAGCCUUGGCUGUACCCUCGGCAGGUUUGGUUUGUUGUUCUGGUAAUCUUUCUUUGGACUCUGAUUUUUCUUCUUCUUCAUUGGAGAAAUUCACACCGGCAUCCUGGACAUCGUCAUUCUUUG